CCACCGCCACUCCACCACCAGUCAGCUGGCGCCGCUCGGCGAAGCUCAGCUGCUGAAGUUUGUCGCGGACCAAAACAGAAAUCGUCACGACGUUUGCGAAGUUCGAAGAUACGUCCCCGCCGUUUCUAAAUCGCGCUUCGAUCUGCACUUUGUCAAGUCGCCCGUCGUCAACCCUCCCAAUCAUGGUAUCCUGCUCGCACUACCGCGACCUGCUGCAGAGGGAGCGGGCAGCCAUCGCCGGCCUGUGCGAUGAAUGGCAGAGGGUUUUGGAUUUUGCUGCCGCCUCCAGCGACAAGGACAAGGACAGCGGCCUGCCCAUCCCGGAAGACGUGUGUGGCAAGAUUCAGAUCGCAGUCGGGCAAGCACAACUCCUAAUGAGAAAAAAAUUUGUGCAAUUCAGUGGGCUCAUACAGGCCUGUGAAGAAGAUUCAGCUGAGAGACCACCAGUCACUGUCGAGGAUUUGCAGGGUUUCUGGGAGCUGGUUCAUAUCCAGGUGGCUGACAUUCAUAGUAAAUUCUCAGAGGUUGAUAAACUGCGGGAUAACAACUGGGAACCUUUACCUCUCCAAGAAAACCAGCGCAAACCUCUUGGCAAUUUGAAUAAACCUGCUGCAAAUGGUCCUCAGCGUCGGAAGCCAGCUUCUGUUGUCACGAAAGACUUCUCUAUGGAAGCCAAAGAGAGACUUGCACAAGCUAAGGCUAUGAUUCGAAAGCGAAUGAAGGAGCAGUGUUGUCAAUAGGAAAAUGGAGUAUUUCAUGUUGUAAUUUUUUUUGUGAAAGUCUGUUUGUUAUAUUAUGUCAAUUCAACUGUAUUCUAUUAGUAUUCAAGUUUUAUGUUGUGGUUUUUAUUAUGUAAUCUAAAUUGUUUGCUCAGAUUGGUGUAGUGGUUUUUAUUAUGUAAUCUAAAUUGUUUGCUCAGAUUGGUAGGUUUAGACACUAAGUUGGAUUGGAAAUGUCUGUGAUGUACCAUUAACCUGCCUUUUAUAUAUGUUUAAAACUAUUUAUCAUAGGACAAUUGUGCCAAAUAGCUCUGAACUAAUGUAAGAUUUUAACGAAAAUAAAUUUUUUCUAUCAAU